CGACACCCUGUAGUGCACUGUAUAGGGGACAUGUAUGGGUUUCGGACACAGCUAUGUCUGGCCCCUGAACGUCAUUACCUCCUCCUUCGUCCCUCCUGCAGAGUCUUCAUAUGAAAUCAGAUGCUCGUUUGGUAUUUUGUUGUGUUCGUGAGGUUGACAGUUUUUAAACGCAAAUUCUAAAGAAAGCCUGAGAAUUAUGACCGUGUGUUAGUUUUGCUAUGUAAUGCGUUUUGUGUGCAUAGUAUAGCCCAUUUUCGAUUUCCUUGGAUUUCGUGGAAACCGAAACCAACAUAAACAACAGCGCAAUGGCUAAUGGAUUCAACAUGCCCCCCCAAAAUUCAAGAGGACCAUUUAAACAAAAUCAAGGAUGUGUUUGCCUCUGAAAAUCCCGGGAAAAUUCCCCAUCAGCUUAUGUCUCUUUUGGAAGUGUUUGACCGUUUUAAGAUAGAUAUCGCUGUGACUGGAGAGUCUGGUGCGGGAAAGUCUUCUCUCAUCAAUGCGCUCCUCGGAUUAAAUCCUGAUGACACAGGGGCUGCUCAAACUGGAGUUGUGGAAACCACAAAGGAAGCAACCAAGUAUCAGCAUCCAAAUCUUCCACACAUCAGACUGUGGGAUCUUCCAGGGAUGGGCACCCCUUCCUUUACAUCCAAGAGUUAUGUAAAGACAGUGAACUUUGACCUAUAUGACAUGUUCAUGCUUGUGAUAUCAGAGAGAGUCAGAGAAAACAACGUGUUGUUGAUUGAUGAAAUUGAGCAACGAAAGAAGCCAUUUUAUUUAAUUAGAACAAAAAUUGAUAAUGAUGUGCGUAGAAAGAAAAGCAAAUACGCUAAAAUGCGUGCAUUGGAUCAAAUGAGACAAGACUGUGAGAAGAAUCUGAAGGAGAAGAACCUGGACCGCCAUGUGUUCCUAGUUUCAGCCCAUGACACUGAAGAUUAUGAGUUUCAGAAGCUCAUGCACACUUUUACGGAUGACGUUUUCCAACUUAGAGCAGAAGUAUUUUCAGAUUUUCUGGACAAGAUGUUGCAUGGAGGAUGGUUAAGAGCAAGGUAUGCUACAAACCAUAUCCAGCAGACUGGGAAACUUGAAACAGAGGACAUCACAGAAUUGCAGAAUAUGUGUAAACGCACCGGAUUUGGAGCUGCAAAAGUCAGAGAUGUUCUGGAGGCUCUGAGUCACUUUCAGCUAGAUGUUGCAGUUUUGGGUGAGAUGGGCUCUGGAGCGUCCACUUUGGUAAAAGCCUUAAUUGGGCUGGAGAAUGAAGAGUGUGGUGCAGCUGAUGUGUCCAUCAGCAACCCAGCAAUGAGUCUGGGAUACCCAGAUGUCCGGUUCUGGGACAUAUCCGGCAUAGAGGCAGUCAUGGAUUACUCGAUGUAUGAGAUGAAACAAGGCCUGAAUAGUUAUGACUUCUACAUCAUCAUUGUAUCAGACAGGCAGAAAGCACGGCAUUUGAAACUAGCCAAAGCAGUUGAAGAAUUAAGAAAGCAUUACCUCUUUGUCUAUACCAAAGUAGACUGUCAUCUACAGUCUCAAAGUGACUUGUGCUCUGAUGAGACUGAGAUACUUGAUGAGCUUCGGGUACAAUUUAUGAAGGAGCUUAAGAUGGCAAAUCUGUCUGAACAGCAGAUUUUUCUCAUCAAUAGCCUAGACAGAUGUGCAUUUGACUUUGUAAGUUUGGAAAGUGCACUCUCCAGUGACCUCAACACUGUCAGGGCAAGUGCUUUUGCAUAUUAUAUAGCAAGAACAGUAAGGGAACAGUAACACAAAUAACGUAGAAACAUGGGAUGAACCAUAUUAAAAUUUAGUUUUACUUUACUACACAUAUCAAACUUUCAAAUGUUUCUGCUUACAGUGUUUUCUGUUUCUAACUUAGUUUGUCAAAUGGUGUGCAAUAUGAGCUAAUGGAAUCAACAAAAACUGUAAUUGUGCUAUAAAGCACUGUGCAUUUUUCCAUCUGUCUCUGUCUAUAAUCAUGAAAAGAAAAUGCUAACUGAUCUUAAAACGGGAUAAAUGCAGAAGAGUUUUGUCUACUUUAACAUUAACAUUACUUUAUCAUCUUAUCUGUUUUUUUGGAAAGUUCUUUGGACAUGCCUUUAUAAUGUGCAAUCAUUGCAUGUAAAUUUGUACAGUAAGUAAAUUUAUCAGUGACUUCUGUUUGAUCAUUAAAAUGAUUAUAGUGUGUGUUUAGGCAAAAUAUUAUAACAAAUUUUAAAUUAUUGUAAAUAAUAAAUUAUCUAACUUGUGUAUUAAAAAAAAAAGAAAGCUUGCUUAAGUUUGUGCAUGGAUAUUUGUAGAUUAGCGUAACAUGUUUUUGUUCAUGUUGAUGUUACAUAUAUAUUUUUUAAUCUACAAGCCACUAUAUGGCCUGAAAUCUGAUUGGCCUUUGCCAUAAAAUGUUGUUGUUUUUCAGAAGUGACGCACAUGAUAUGUACAUUAGAUUAUAUCUUCAAGAGCAGAAAAAAAAUGUAGGCAUGUCUGACUACAAAUAUUUGUAAUUUCUGAAAGCUGAAUUUGUCUUCACAUGUGAGAGGUGCUCUGAAUGACCUCUUAGACAUCCUAUGUUCACUUUAUUUUGAUAAUUGCAGAACUUAAACAUUAUGUUUCACACACAUAAAAAAACACCCAUUGCACACCUAAACUUGGUGCCAUAAAAACAGUGGACUGACAGGGGACUUCUAAGAGAAAUUUACAACUCACAUCCUACAUACAUAUAUGCUACAUACAGCUCCGGAUCAGGGUUAAGUUCAUGGGGAUUUUGUCUAUAAAAUAUAAAUAUAUAAUACAUAUGAAGAGUUCAGAUGCAAAAGCCUCUAAGUACGUCUGAUGUUUUUCUUUAAAAUGGGCAUUUCUUUCUGGCUACUAUGGAUAGGUUUCUAUGUAAGUACUGGUACUUCUGAAUGGGUUGAGGCUGGGAUUCAGUGCAUUUUUAAAUGAAAGUACUUGAUGAACAUAUACUAUGUGUGGAGAGCAUUCACUCUAAUUUUUGACCAAGAUGGAAUUAGAACUCUUCAUUUUUUCAUUUAAGCACUGCAGUGCUUGUUUUCUCUUAUCAGUCUUUGUCAUGAAAUGCAAGGCAUAUUUGCCGGUGCUUAAAACAAGUAGGCCUACUUUACGGAAUUCCUUAAGUUUAUUGCUGUAACUGUGGAAGCCAACAAUAGCAGAGCUUAACCCUGUGCACAUGUUUAUGGUUAGUUAUAUUCAAAAUCUUUAAGUUAAUUAGUUCAGUCUACAACCAAACAGUGUUACCGCUGUUUACUGUGCUUGGCUGAAGGUGGCACAGUCAGAACCUGCUCCUAUUUCCACUGGCAUGCGAUAUCAAACAAUAGGCCUAUCAGCAAUAUCAAAUAUCAAACAUGUUUAUUAUUCAAAACAUGUUUGGUAUUCACGAUUAAUGUUUGGGGAUGCUCCGUCUCAAUUGGAAGCAGUUAAAUAAUCGAAGUGACACCAACACGAUCUUGAUAGCACACGUACAUUAUGAAGACGUCUAUUUGACGUCUGGAUUUACAUCAUAUUUUUUUAGAGUGUUUGCUCAUCUGCAAUACAUCUUUUGGACAUUUCCUAUCAGAUGUCAAAUAUUAGAUGUCUUUAAGAUGUUUGUGAUUUAGAAUGUAUGCAAAACUGACAUCUCGUCAGAUGUUUGUACACCGCAGAUGCUUUCCAGAUCAAGAUGUACGUGUGCUAUCUGGGAAUCAAGUUUCUUUGGACAAAAAAAAUUUGAGACAAGCCUCAAAUCAGGCCAUGCCCUCCAAUCGUUCAGGACGCAAAAUGGGCUUAAAAUAGCACUUAAAAUCUUCAAGUGUUUGGACAGCCUUAGUUGGUUAUUACAGACAGGUGUGUUGAGGCAGGGCUGUAAGACAACUCUGCAGUUAGGUAUACGCCUAUCUCCAGGAACAGGAUGGGGAACGUAGGGCGGAUUAUCUUACCUUCCACCACUAUUGCUGGCAAUCUGUGUCAGACUAUCUCUGUGUCUUUCCUUAAGACAUGAAAUGCUGUCGUUUUGCAACUAUACACACUUUUGUUAACAAAUUUGAUUAUAUCUUAAAAAAAGCAGAAGAAAAAAGCAGAAAUUCUGGUGUGGUGUGUCCUUUUAAAUGUCUGUUUCAAUGCCAUUCAUGCAAGCAGGACGAGAACCAUUUACAUGCACACAAACAAAUAUUUGCAAUUUCUGAAAGCUGUGAGACGUACUCCAAAUGAACUGUCAUGAACUAUGCUUACUUUGUUGAACUGAAAAUAAGCUUAAGGACUGUACCUGUAUAGUACACACACAAACACACACACACAUACACAUCAAGAUUCAAAGACAGCUUCUACCCUAAUGUUUCCUGCUUAAAUACUGUUGUUAACUAACUGCAUGAUUUGUAUUAUUUUAGAACUGUAUAUUUCAGUCAUAUGGACAUUACUUACAUGGUCAACUCUGAUAAUAGAUUACACGAUUGUAAUAUAGAAACAGGCAUUUUCUGUAAAGCCUCUUUGAAAUAAUAUGUACUGUGGAAAGCACUAUAAAAAUAAACAUGACUAUGACA